UAUGUUGGAAUUUUGCGUCCUCUGGUGGUUACUUUUAAGAACAGCAGUCACUUCAGGUUUGUAUAACUCCCUCAAAGACCCGCCUACCAGGUCGCAGCUUAUUGGUCAGCUGUUCUUACAGAGGCAUGGGAUUGGUCCAGAGGUGAUUUUCGUCAGCGAAGUCGGAAAACAUUAAACAUAAGGUUAAAUGGUAUUUAGUAGCUUAGAGUCUCCGAAAUGCCGAUAUCUCCUGUGAAAACCCGGAUCCCCCUCACCAGCUUCGGUCAUCUCAUCACAGAGGUGAAGAAGCAGCUGUUUGGCAUCGAAGGACCCUCAUCUGUGCAGCUGACCGGUUGGAGGAAAUACUUCAAUUGCUACACACUGCAGGGCCGCAGAAAUUGUGUCUUGGCUACUUAUGGAGUCCUGGUGGUCACAGCUGCAGUUUACCUGAUGCACAAACAAAACAAAGAUGGAAGGGAGAAGUCUGCUUCCACGGACUGAAACUCUGAUUCCCUUUUUCUUGUUAUGUGAAGGAAAUAAGAUUGUGGAGUGAUUUAUCAUGUCAAUAAAGGCUGCACUCAUGCUUCUCUGAUGAUUGCAUUUUUGAAUUCAGGUUGAGCAGAUCAAGAUUUUAGUGUUUGCUUUUGUGCUAAAUUUUGUGGAUUGUGAUUUCUACCAAUUUAGUUUUCUUCUAUGGAUAGUUAGAAUAUAUUUAAGUUAGUUGGAGCCGAAAUUUGUAAUGAAUUUUUAUAUUUGGAAUUGUUUAGAUUACAUUGUUAAGUGUUAGACCCUCCCAUUAAUUUGAGUAAUUAAGAACUCACCAGGUGUUGAAGGGACACCAGACCAAGUCUUGUAAAUUAUUUUUUCACCACUUUUUAGAGUUUCAAAUAUCAAAUUGAGAUUUUGUUUUGUUUUGUUUUCGACUAAGUUACAAGACAUCUUAGUAAUUAUUUUGUCUCUACUUUUGUCUGUAAGUGUGUGCAAAUCAAACCACCUGUUAACAUUCACACCCUUUAGUUGGAAAUUGUGGCUUUUGGGAGGUAGAAGCCGCGACAGGUUUCCUGGUCAUUUUCUCACAAAACGCUCAUCUCCUGUGACUGUGGUUGUUUUCUCAUGCCAAUCACCAACCCUCCCUCUGAAAUGUUUUUGGCACAUUGUUGCAUAAGACUGAUGUUGAGCAAAAAGGAAAGUGAUAGUAAGUUUGCUUUUUAUUGAAGGUCAUUUCAUUCAUAGUUUGCAGAUUUGCAAGAACUAAUUAUUCCCUAAGUUUUAUGCAUCGUUAUGUGUGUGUUGACCUUUUUUAUUAUGAACAGCGUGCAACACUUUGGACAAGUGGAUACACUGACAUGAUGUGCAAGAAGUAAGAACCCUCAGCGGCCUCAGAGUUCUUCUCAGGAACUCGGAUACAAACUCAUUUUAAAAAAAAGAAGUCAGAACAGAAAGCUGUGGUUGGCAGCCACAUAUUUCAAACCACAGCCUUUAGAGUUUAUUUCACUUUUUAACAAAUAUUUUGGCCUUUUUUACCUUCCAUUGAGCCAAAUGUUUAUGCUAGAACUGAGAAAAUUGGAACAGAAAAGGAAUUGUAAAAAACUCAAUUCAUUUUUGAGAAUUUCCUGCAGUCAAGUUCCCAUUAGAAUGGCUUUGACUCACCAAGUCACACUUUAAAAGCUUAGAUUGGGUUCAUUUUAGUUGAUUUGAUUUUAUGUUUGAAAAGUUCACUUUUUAGUGAACAUGUUGGUUCUAACAUGUUGGAACCAAGAGAAGAACCCAUUGCUCUCAGUUGGUUCUGGGUAAAGGCUUGAGCUUUUAUAAUGCCAGUUUUUAUUCAUCUUUUUUAAUCUUGGUCCCAAAAAGAAAAUGUAUCAAUUUGAAUGUUGUCUUUGCAUUAUAGAUGUAUAGUUUGCUUAGCACCGCUGCAUCUCUAAGCGAUAGAAUCACAAAUAUGAAUGCUGGAAGAUCACGUGAUUUAGGAGAAUCAGCCGCCGAGAAAGAGAAAGUGAAACUGCUGCUGGUCCAACACCUGAUCUGCAGGCUGCAUGACUCCGCCUUCAGGAAUAUAGCAACCGAAGCUCGAGGUUUCUGUUCAAACCUCUUCAACCUCCAGCAAGCAGCCGCCCAGAGACUCUGCUGUCAAUCACCUAUGUUUCACUGGAAGAUCACAGAAUACAUCCAGGCUCUGCCCUUCUCUCAGAACUUUGUGUUAGAGCCCGGUUCACACUGAAGCUUCAUGGAGCUUCAGAGAGGACCAGGCUGCCGAUGAGCGAGUGGGAAAGAGCCGAUGAUGGAGAGCCUGCUUGUGAAAACUGACGAAACCGGUGCAGUGGGCGGUCAGGAAUAGGAUUUUCCAUUCUAGGAUGGUCAGAGACAGUCUGCAAAGAACGUCUGAUCAGAACCAAAAACGGGAGCCAGCAGCUGAGCCACAGAAUCCGAGACAGAACCCAGAGGAGUCACAUCGACCCGAACAAACAGCGGAAAAAAUUAACGCAGAAAGGGAAGACCCUGCAGGAUCAAAACUCGACUUUCUGCUCUGGUGCAAGCUCAAAUUGGAGGAGGAGCCCGAGUCCUGGAGGCUGCCAAAGACAGGAGCUGAUGCUGACGGCUUGCCCACACACAUCCGUCCGUUCACCAGCUUUGCAGAGUAUCGUCUGGUCAAACUCACCUACCUACAGCUGCAGGAAAGUGAUUUCUACUGGGGGCCCAUGACCAUGGAGGAAGCUCAUCAAAGACUCAGUCACGCAGCUCUGGGAACUUUCCUCCUCAGGGACAGCGGCCAGCCCGAUGUUUUCUUCACUCUCAGCUACCAAAGUGAAGACGGCCCCACCAGCGUCCGCGUCCAGCUGAACAACCUGCUCUUCAGCCUGCAUGGCAGCCAAAAAUCUUUCCCUUCGCUGUUCGCUCUGCUUGCCUUCUACACCAGCUCCCCCUGUAGGCUGUCUGAGCCCUACCGCAGGCAGCGGCCUGAGCGCCUAAAACACAUGUGCAGGAGAGCUCUGGUACGAACCUACGGUGCCGAAAGAACGUGCACCUCACCUGGACUCAGCCCUGAUAUUAAGGCUUAUGUUAGUGCGUACCCAUACUGUACAUAGACAAACCUGUGGAUGCAGUGCCUUUUUCUGCAUUUAGAUGUCAUUUAUUAAGUUAAAAAUUGUGUAUUUGUUUUUGUAUUUUGCUGGAGACAAUUUGGUACCACGUCUAAUGAGAAAACAGAUUAAAAGUUUUUUAUUUAUGAUUUACAACAUCAUUGUAUGCUUGACGGUUCAAUCAUCUCCAUUUCAUCUGACUGUUCGGUCUUGUUAUUAAAAUUUAAAUGAAAAGGAAGUCAUAACAAGCUACACUAAUCAUUCCAGACAUUUUUCUUUUACCUUUCAUAUGACAUCUACCAUGUGCUUCAACAGAACAAGAGAAAACCUCUGGCUAAGUGCAGAUAUGAGUCUGAUUUAUUCCUCAGAAGCCAACAAAUUUGGAGUCUCGUUUUCACAGCAGAACGUCACAGGUUAAAGGUCAUAUGAUGGUGAAAGUUGUCAAAUUGAUUAUCUAGCUCUCGUCUUUUUUGCAUCAGAAAAUCCAGACAUUUUAACAAGGGUGUAGAUGUUUAGCUUCACUGUUUUAAAAUCCUGAGGCAAAUGUGGAAACUUUUUUUAGGUAGCAUGUUGCCUAAAAACGUCUUCAGGCAACAUGUUGCAUAUCUAUACCUCAUCUUGCAAUAAUAUAGAGAAAAUGAGAAAUGCCAUUGCUGCAAGUGUCUUUACAGUUAAUAACAUUUGAUCUGUGAACAAUAACAAUCUGUAAUAUGCUUAGUAUUUUAUUUCAGGAAAACAAGAACAUAAUUUUCAAAGCAUCUCGUGGUGAAUUACAUAAUUCACCAUGAGCGACAUGUUACAAAUUAAGAAAUUCAUAUAUUUUCUGUCUCAUGCAGUGUUUUUAUUUUGUCUCAUUCAGAAUGGACAGAAAAAUGUUUCUCUCCAUUUUUGUGGACAUGAAUGCCUCAUUUGCAUUAAGGCAUUUGUAAAAACAUUUCUUUGUUUUUUGGCAGUUUUAUUUUUCUGUUUGGAUUUGUUUAUGUUUCAGUGUUGAAUUUUGUUCCAUUCUGCUUUUGUUUUGUAUGUUAUCUUAUGGACAAAUCAAAAAGUUAUGCACUGAACCCUAAGACUGCACUUUGGUUAUUCUAGUUGGAGACAUUACAUUUAGUUUGUCUAAUGUGUGCAAUUUUAAAACUAA